CUUUCUCAGCGCGACAUCGAGGUGAUGGCCUUUGCUUUCCAAAGCCUGAAAACUCCUCCCGAGAUUGACUACGACAAGCUUGCUGAGAAGGCCGGCUACAAGAACGGAGCAUCUGCUCGCGCCUGCUUCAAGGACAUCAAGAAGAAGAUGUUUGUCAAUGACGAUGGCGAUGCUGGCCCCGCCGUCUCCAAGAAACGCACUCCCGCCAAGUCCAACAAGCGCAAGCAGCCUACCCCCGACGACUCCUCACCUACCCUCGCCGGCUCAAGCCCUCCUCCCGAGCUCCAAACCCCCAUGAAGAAGAUCAAGAGCACCACCCCCAAGCGCAAGACCAAGGCCAAACAGUCACUCACUCCCGAAACCGAAGAGACCGACGAAGACAGAAUCAACGCCAAAGCCAUCGCUGCCGGUAGAGCUAGAUAUGUCGCCGACAAGCUCGCCGCUGAAGUCAAGGUCAAGGUCGAGCAUCCUAGCCAUGACGAGGAGGAGCUUGAUGAGGAGAACAUGGGCAUGAACGUUGAUUCUGGAGAAGAUGAGGGUCUGACUGCCGUCGAGUUGAUCGAGAAGGAGGUCUUUGGCGAGGGCGUU